AUGGAUGAGGGUUUGCUCGCUCCGUAUGCGCUGUGUGGUGGCCGCGGGUUUUUGUCAUCUCCCGUUGGCUGUGGAGAUGAGCUGGGGGAGAUGUUGGUGGAUGUCUUCUCCUCCUGCAUGGUGGGUGGCUGCUGGCGUUGUGUGCCCUCCUUGCGUGGAUGCCGUCUCGGGGUGUGUGAACUGUGCGGCUGGGCCUGCUGUCCACUCCGCAUGUUGUCUGCUCUCUCUCGCUGUAUCCGCUGUGCUCCGUCCCUCUCUCUCUUGUUGCAUUCCUUUUCUUCUGUCUCACGGAUCAGCUCACUGACUCCAGCGACUCCACUACGCGUGACAAUGACUGCGAUGGUGACGAUGGUGACGGUGCGACGCCGUGUUGGUCCUUGCGCUCUUGUGCUGCUGCUGCUCGUCCGUGUGUGUGACGGCUGCUGGGAGUGCUGGAGAUGUAUCUGGUGA